CCAUCACUCUAGCUUUAACAUUUUCAGCAUUUUUCUCAAUUGAUUUGUAAUCCUAAUAUUUCAAUGGCUACCUUCAUUUUAAGGUCUAAUAAAAUAGUCCAUGCCUUGAGCUGGUUUUGUCUCAUGCUAAUGAUUCAUAAGAGUGCUGCAUAUGAUUUCAUAGUUGGUGGCCAAAAGGGUUGGAGUGUUCCAAGUGAUUCCAACAAUCCUUUUAAUCAAUGGGCAGAAAAGAGCCGUUUUCAAGUUGGAGACUCCCUAGUGUUCAACUACCAAUCUGGCAAAGACUCUGUGCUUUAUGUAAAGAGUGAAGACUAUGCAAGUUGCAACACUGGUUCACCUAUUACAAAAUUCUCUGAUGGUCACACAGUCUUCAAACUCAACCAAUCAGGGCCUCAUUUCUUCAUCAGUGGAAACAAAGAUAACUGUCUCAAAAAUGAGAAAGUAACAGUGAUUGUUCUGUCUGACAGAAGCAACAACAACAAUUCAUCAAACACCAACCAAACAAGCAAUGCUACUCCACCAUCACCUCAAUCAUCAUCACCUCCUUCACCAGCACCUUCUAACCAAGAGGGUCAAUCUCCACCUCCAGACACGAACCAAACACCACCUCCUACUGCUACUAGUGAUCAUGAUCAUCCUCCUCGUAAUGGCGCUGCUUCAAACUUUGUCAGUCUAGCUGGCUCUGUUGGAACUUUCAUGGCUUCAGCUCUAAUUUUAUCCAAGUAUCUAUGAGUGCUUGAGUGUUGUUUAUGUAUUUGUUUGUUUUUUCUAUUCUUUAUUUCCUAUCUUUUGAGUUCUGUAUGAACUGAGUCUUUGGUUCAAAGUUGGGAUGCUGUUUGAUAUUUGUUUGUGAAGAUUGAAAUAAGUUGGCAAUAAUUUAUGUACUCUUUUGUGUGCUUCUUGAUCAAUAAUGUAAAAAUGUUACAUGUGAAAAUGAAAUGAAUUAAACCCAUUUUUUUUACGGAAAA